AUGCCGGCCUACAACUCGCACAUGGACUCGAAACAAUCGAUCGGCAAUAUGGCGCUCCAUCCUCUCCGUACAACAUUCAAAGGACCAGCCCCGCAAACACAAGACGAAGAUAUCAUCGACGAGGCUCUCACCUAUUUCAAGGCGAACGUCUUCUUCCGUCAUUUCGAGAUCAAGAGCUCCUCGGAUCGGACGCUCCUCUUCAUCACUCUCUACACCACCGAAUGUCUCCGUAAACUCCAGAAUUCCCCGAAUAAGGCGCAAGGGCUGAAGGAUCUGCAUGUUCUCGCGCUGUCCAACGUCGUGCCGAUCCCCGGAGAAGCCGCAUUCCCGCUCAAUUCGUUCUUCCACUCGCCGAAGGAUAAGAAUGAGGAAGAAGUGAUGAGGGCCUAUCUGCAACAGAUCAAGCAGGAAGUGGGCCUUCGUCUGUGCGAGCUGGCAUUCCCGGUGCCGAAUGAGAGGGCCAGCAAAUGGUGGCUAUGCUUCUCGAAGAGGCGCUUCCUCAACAAAUAUCUCAUCUCGCCCGGCGUCACCAUC